UGGAUGGUGACUAAAAAAAAAAAAAAAAAAAAAAAAAAAAAAAAAAAAAAUUAAAAAAAAGGCAGGAUGUUGACUUGCCUUAAAUUUAAAACCAUAGAAAUAUAUGUUGCACUUUCAGAUGGUAAAUCAGAAGUUAUUAUAAAAGGAAACAUUCUGGAAGCUUGGCACUGAGAUAGUGAGUUUGUACGUGAAGUUUUUAUACAGAUUUUCUUCAUUGAAAUAACACGAAAUAUGAUAGAACCAUGGCCGUCCUUUUGGUGUGCAUGUCGUAGAUUGGUCCUCUUUGAAAUACAAGUCUUACUUCUUUAGAUUGUGUUUUAAUAAAGGAACAGAAAUUAUAGACAAAAUGCUUUCUCAAGGAUGAGCAGUUUAAGAUGCUGGUACUUAGUGCUUUAGGGAAAGCAGCUUGAUCAGAAAAGAAAAUGACAGAUGUCCUUAAGCAAAAGGCAUAUAGAAAGUGUCUUUUUCAUUCAACUUCAAAAUGAAAUCCAGUAGUGGUUGAGUUUUUUCAUGGGUUUUUGUUCAGAUGGGAAGAACAGCGUCUUCUCCUAGAAGUAUUGCAGUGAUAGUUGUCCUCCAUAUUCUUUUCUUUAGUUAAUGCCAUGGUAAUUCAAUUUUUAUAUAAUUAUUUUUUUUAUUUCGUGACCUGCCUUUUGGUGCAAGCAAGAUGAUCUUUGGGAAAUACACAGCACUUUUUCCUGUGCCUAGUUAGAUGUGCCUUCAUGAGAAGGAGGAAAUUCUCAUUGAUCAGCAGAACACUGGUUACAGAAAGGCUGGGAUUUGACUUGGGGUGAAGGUCUUCCUUACUUUUUGAAUAAGGUAGCAACUGUAAGCUCACUGCUUCUGCAACAGUGAGAAACUUUCUGAGGUAGUCCAGAUGAGUUCAGGGAGGUUCUAGUGCUGAACAUGCACAUUCUUUCCAUCAUGGAAGUAAUUGCUGCUAUUCCUUUAUAUUCAGACUGCCCAGCUUAUUGCGGUACCCAGAAAUACACAGCUUGUUGAAAUAGUAACUUUCUAAAAGUUCCAGAAGAAAAAUCAGCGCAGAAAUUAAAAUUAAAAGUAAGGGUUAAACUUCUGUUUUUCAGAAUUGGUUCUUAGUUAUCUAGUAGAAUAAUGAAUCAUGAUAUUGUAGUGAAUAAUAUGAGGGAUGUUGUAUUGGAUUUAUCAUAGACUUGUGUUUGCUGUCUUAUUUUAGGUGCAAGUGGAAGGCAGAAUUACUUUACAGUUGACCUGAUUUCUAAUUAGAGCUUUUCAUGUGCCUUACAACAUUAUCUCUGUCUCUUCUCUAAAAUGGUGGUUAUUAGAGAAUAUGAGAUCAGUGGUAGGCAGGAUUUUUAUUUUUGUAAUUAAUGUGUUUGUGUUCAGAUGGCAUCUGGGAUCUUGUCAUACAGAUUCUGCGCUAAGGAGUAUAAUUCUUAAUAGUGUUGUUAAUAAUAUUUUGAUAGAAGUCUAAAGGUGCAAUUUUAGUAAUGCAGCUAAGAAAUCAAGAUACUUGUUUUGUGCAACUGUAGCAUGCCAGCAAAGUCCUACUGUGAGAAUUGCUCCUUAAUUUGAAUUAGUCACUUGAAUCUUCUACCUACAAUCUCAAAUUUUCAACUACCGAACAAAAUUGCCUUGGUAGAGCUUACCUCUCAUUGUAAGUCACAUGGAUCUGGCAUCUGAGAUAAACUAAUGAUAAUCACACAAACGAUCAGUAAUUUGUAUUCUUAAGUCACUCCAAAAAGCUGCAUUGAUUUCAAAUCUUUGGCUGCAGAUCUUGAAAUAAAAGAAAAAAAUGAACUUACCUUUUUGUAUUACUACUUACUUGUGUUAGGGAUUAGUUGUACAUCCUGGAGUGGGUCUAGUGAAGGGCCACAGAGAGGGACUGGAGAAGGUGAGAGAGCUGGGACUGUUUAGCUUUGAGAAGACUCGGGGGAGGAUUGUAUCCAUGUGCAUAAAUAUCACCUGAUGAGGAGACUGAGGAGACUAAAGAAGACUGAGCCAAACUCUUCACAGUUGAGGGUGGUGGAGGCAAGAGGCAAUGGGUAUAAUGGGUAUAAACUGAAAUACAGGGCACUCCUCUCAAACAAAAGGAAAAAAAACCUUUUUUUUUUUUUAACUGUGAAAUGUGGUCAGACCUUUGGAAGAUGUUGCACAGAAAAAGUGUGCCUUCUUUAUCUUAAGAUAUUCAAAACCCAGCUGGACACAACCCUGAGCAACCUAUUGUAGUUAACCCUACUUUGAGCAAAGGAGUGAGACUGAUGAUCUUGGAGAUCCCUUCCGCCUGCAGUGAUUCUGUGUACCUGUGUUUACUGUUGUCCUCCUGAUUGGUUUUAAAUAAAAUUGGAGCUUGUUAGUGAAAAGUAGAUCGUAAGUUUGAAUGUAGAGUUAGACAUUAACUACAAAAACAGCUGGAGAUGCUUCCUUCCCUUUCUAGCUGCUCAUCAGACUUUCUAGAGUUUGUUGCCUCUAUAGCCAUGCAGAUGGGAUUUAUUUUUUUUUUUAGUGUUUCUAAUUUACUUUCCUGAAAAGCUGGCCAUGAUAAUUUAAUUGCCUUUCAUAGGCAUCCUGAUCUGGGGAAACUCUGUUACUGAGAUUGUCGAGGAAUUAUUUACAAGAUACAGUUUCAGCAACUGACCUGCAAGGGAGCUCACUUGCACCAGAGUGCUGGAGCACAGUCAGCCGGUGUUAACCUCCUAGGCAAGCCCACUAAUUUCUCAAUAUUUAACUGCAUUCCAAGAACUCAAAUUUUGAGUGGGCGAUGAAAGAACAGAAAUAAAAAUAUAAUUCUGAGAGACUUUCAAUAGAAGCAGUAGUUCUUACCUAGCCACAGUUUCACAUGAAAUUUCCUUUGCUAAAGUAUAGCUUCAUAAGGGAUUACAAGGAGCCAGCAUCCAUGGAUGACUUCUGAUACUUUAUUUCUGCAAUGUGACAGACUAUUUUCACUCAGUUUUACUCAGGGAUAAAAACUUGGCAUUGCAAGAGUACCUUCUAGUAUUGGGAAACACACAAAACAACAACAGCUUCAGUCUCGCAAACGUUUCUUUUGCUGAAUUGAACUGUUCUGUUGGGUAGACUUACUGUACUAAAGUUGCAGCAUUUUGAGUUUAUUUUUCUUUUUGCUGAACUGUAGAUUAUACCUGAGAACUGUGGUCUGCUGGUAUAUGCUGUUAGACUGCAUACAAGAAAUCUUCAACUGAUCAUUUAGAACAUGAAUGUAAUUGAUUUCAGUUGAAGCUAAUUAUGAAGAAGAGUUAUCCAUUCAAAAUACUUAGUACAACUGAAAUAUGGAAAGGGUUUACUCAUCUCAAGUCCUGUGAGAGAUUUGUAGCUUAUGCACAGUACCUGUGUCACAAGACUGUUGAGGUUGUGCAGCAAUGAUGGUUGGCACUUACUCUAAAACCUACACUUCAAAAGAAGUGAGUCUGCUUGGUCUGAAUAAUGGCUGUCUUGGUCCAUGCUGCUGCUGCUUAAGCCUGGCAGUGUUCAAGAAGAGCCUGGACAAUGCCCUCAGACACAUGGUGUGAACUGUGUUGUUGUCAUAUGCAGGGACAGGAGUUGGACUCAAUGAUCCUUGUAGGUCACUUCCACCUCAGGGCAUUCUAUGAUUCUUCUCCGGUAGAGGACCAAUGGAUUAAUUGAAAAAUUGUUACUUCUUAGUUUUUAAGUACUCAGUAAAUUCCUCUUUUCUCUCCGCAUUCUGGUAUGUGAUAAAACUGUUUGUUACACUUGGCCACAUUAUUUUGUUAUGUGGCUAAAACGUUUGGUAAGAAACCCCUUUCCCUCCCAAAGGAAAAGUUUGGAGAAAGAUCAGUAACGUCCUGUUCAAUUGCAGGUGGAUGUUUUGUUAGAGCCAUUCUCUGGUAUCUUUAGCCAUUAUGAAGAUGUUGACCUGAACUUCCAUGCUUAAGGAGUAAAUAUCUUCCUCCAAAAUACUUUUUACGUGCCAGUAGCUUCCUGUUGCCUUACCAGUUGUAGUAGGGCUUUUACUUUUUCACUGCUAAAGCAAAGAUUAACAGGCAACUUUGAUCCAGAAACAUCUUUCCAAAACAGUCAAACUUCUGUUGAUGAGCAGAGAGCAGUUUCUCCUUAUACUUUUGGACGUAGGAAAAAAAAUUCUACUGAAGUCCUUAAAUUGAGGUUGUGCUCCUAGUUCUAGGAGUAUUAAUUAGCAACUCAGCCUGUGCUAAUAAAUCAUCCCCUGCUGUCACCACCAGAAACUUAUGCACCUUGAUCUAUUAGUGAAAGGGUUUGUGUAAUGAAAAUCUACUCCUUUUUAUAAGAAAAAUAUAAAUGUUUUCAUAUUCCUGACUGACACACAGAGAGGUCUAUUUGACAGUAGCUAUUCAGACAAAAAGUGAGCCAAGCUCAUACUCAUGUUUACUAGCAAGGUAAGCCAAGCUACUGCUGCUGUCUGAAAUAACUCAGCUGGACAUUCCCCACCUGCUGUUUUGCAGUAAUGGGAGAAAAAACUUCAACUAUCUUGUCAGUUUGUACAUCUGGAAUUGAUUCAUAUUGUAGAAAAGAUAGCAAAUUAAGAUCAUUUCCAUAAGUUACAAAGUGUCAUUGGUUAGACCUACUGGAGGCCCUUUUCCCUGGCUUGGUAGUUCAAUGUACAGAUUCUGAGACAAGGACUUUUAAUGAGAACUUUCAAAAUUGCAGUAAUUCCAGAAAGAGAUUGCAACCAGUGAGGAUGACAAAAUUUUCAUUUUAAAUUUGUUAAUAUUCUCUUACAUUAUUAAUUGAUAUUUCAGCAGAAAUAUUGAAUGUCUUUCUGGAUUUGUGUGACACUACCACUAGAAGAAAGCAGUAGCUAAAAUGACCUAAGCUGGAAACAGAGAUCAUAGAUUAAUAAAACAAUUUAAUAUGGGACAUCUGAAAGUCAUCUAGUCCAAUCCAAUGCUCAAAGGGGGGCCAGAUUUGAAGUGAGAUCUAACUUCUAAGUUGUAUUAGACUUCUCAGGAUUGCCCUUUCUGGGUAAUCUUUUGCAGCGUUUUAUUGCUCCCAUGGUGAAAAAAAAUUCCUACUAUUCAGUAAGAAUUUAGCUUGUUGCAAUUUAUGUCUAUUGCCUUUCAUCUUCCAUCCUGCAUGUCUGAAAAUGUGGCUUAGUCUUCAUUAAAACUUAGUUCCAUGUUAGCUUAAACAGCAAAAUUAUUCCCCUUCUCACCUCCUCUGCUUAGUUUUGUCCUUUUAAAACUAAGUGAAACAAGCUCUAUCAGCCUUUCCUUGUAUUUCAAAUUAAGGACCUAGUUAAUAAACCAGUUUCCUUCACUUUCAUCAGACUGUUUAUAUAAUUAUACAUAUAAAUAUCACUGCCACAGUGGCGUAAAAUGACCAAUCUUACUCUUUCAUAGUGUUGCUGAAAACUAAAAAAAGUCUGAAGUAGUAUAUCCUGAAGAUGUCUGCUUUGGUUGGUCAGAUUGCCAGCCAUUGUUAUGAAGUAUUACAAUAUUCUUUUGAAGGGUUUCUUCAGUGUUAAAGUCCCAUGAUGGACCCUAGCCAUAGCUUGUGUCCCUAUAGCAUAAAACACUGUUCUAACAAAUUUAAAGUAAACAGUUGGCUAAAUGCUUGCGUAACGGGGGAUUGUUUCAUGUUUUAAGAACAUUCCAUAUUACAGAAGGUAUUGAGAUUUGUCUUGAGUGCAAUUGCAUUUUUAAAAUUUAUUGACAGUACCAACAUAAGCAGAAGGGUUUUUUUCAGAAGAUUCAUGCUGGGAUUUUCAAAGUAGCCUCCAAAUCCUAAUGCAGAUUAUAAUCUCAGAUUUGGGGUACAUAAAUUUUGGGUAUGCCUUCAAAUGCUUUUGAAAUUCAUGACAAGUUAUGUCUUUCCUUGAAAAUAUCAACAGUUAUGUUCAAAAAUAAAGGCAUAACUGAUUUUUUUGGUUGCUGAUUUUUCUGUAUGUGUAUAGAAUAAGUAACCCAUUAAAAACGCAUCCCACACUGAAGUCCUCUGUCUGACAUCCUAACAAGCCACCACAGAGACAUGUGCUAUGUCUGUAGUGGCCAUACCAGACACUUUUGUCACAGGCUAUUGCUUUUCCGUCAGAAUACACUUCAGUCCUGGUGAUAAUUCAGGCUAGCUCUGGGAUUGCCAUCUGAGUAGCAGAGUUCUAACUUUGAAUUUUUUUUUUUUUUUUUUCCUUUAUGUCCUUGGAUAUUUGAAAAGAUAUUUGAGGGUGUAAGACCAUUAGUCUAAAGAUAAAACUGGUCCAACUGAGGUUUAAGGAAUAUUUUCAUCACCUUCAUAUUGUAGAAGUCUUUUUACUCCCAGCAGUGGAAUGAGUGGCAGGACAAGUUUGCAUUUGAAGGCAGCUCUACCUGUGUAUAUAAGGGGGGCCUGAGGCAUGGAGAAGAUUGCUCUUUGUGCAAUUGAGUGGGUUGAAAUGGAUGAGACAGCAGUGAAUUCUGUAUCUGUAGAGGCAGCUGUGUUGUAGCCGUAAGACUGGUAAGUCGAUUAUGUUGCAAAAGCUGGCUUGCACCCCUUUACAGUACAAUAGUUCUGAACAAUGUAACAAAAAUAUGCAGAAUUAAUAAUUAAAACUUAAGGACUUUAAAAUGCCAAAAGUUCCUUCAAUUGCUUUCCAUAUUUUACCAGUUUAAUAUUAUAUUUAAAUCUAUUGAAAUUUUUGUACUUUAAGUUAAAGGUAAUACCCACAGGAAAAGUCUAGUCUGAAUAUCCUAAGCAAAAAUGACUUAAAAUUAGGCGUUCACUUCUGCAAGUUAGUCUUGAAAAAAAUUUUAAUUGUAAUUUCAUUAUUUUUAAGAUUCCUCAUUUCAUCUGUUGUGUUUUUUUUUUUUCUUUCAAACCUUAAAUUAGGAGGUAGCAAGGCAUAUAGCACUGUAUGUCUUAUUUUGUCAUUAACAGGUACAGGCUUUCCAUGUACCUCAGCAAACCCACACCGUUCAUGUACUAUUAUUUUGCAAGUAUUUUCUCAAUAUGAGGGAAAACAGAGGCAGGAUGACUGUUAAGGGGGGAAAAAAGCCAUGGGAGAUCACCCAGAUAAAAGUCAGCUUUGGAAGUUAAGUUCCCACUUACUACCCCAAUGUGUUUAACCUACACUGCUGCUGAAUGUUGAGAGAGGAAGAGGUUUGAGGACAGGGAACAUUCUAAGCGUGAAUAGUUUGGCACUUCUUUUCCCUAGGAUUUUAUCAUGCAUUCUUCCAGAUGUCUUGUGGUAAGAACAGGCUCGUUUGUUUGAGUUCCUCCUCAAACCCUGCCAAGAUCUGUAUUUGUCCUGUGUAGGAAGCACACAAAGCCUGCUUCUGAAUUUGCAGUUGCAUCUGAUCAAGAGACUUCUUUCUUUACAUUUGUUGUCUUUCCAAAACAAGAGAAAAGUAGAUUUUUCCAUUCCAGCUUGCUGAUACAUACGUACGAUAUUGCAAAGUACCCAGACUAGAUAAUGUCACGUUAUCCUUGAUACCAUCAGUUUCUCUAAUUGUUACCAUUAGUAGUAAUUGUGAUUGCUAGCAAAAAGGAGGGUUUUCUGGUUUACUGUUGUCUUGAAGAGCUUACGGUACUUAGAAAGGGAGAGCAUUUGCAUACUGAUCAAACUGCUCAAAUCCCAGAGCCUCUUUAUUUCAGACACCACCACACCCUCUACCCUUGUCCUCUACUCUCUCUUCAGGACGCAGAGUAUCUAUUGGACACUCUAUAUUGACAUAUCGAGUUCGUUGUCUCUGAAGUUUUGUUUUCCGAUCUGGUUGCUUAAUGGUUGUUCCCCCUCCCUCUCGGAAGUUGCCACUUCCUCAGGAGCUGCCUGAGGUAACUGCCCCCGAUGUAUCAUUUCUAUGGAUGGCUGGACUUUGCUCUCUUUUCAGCAUUUCAUUGCCAUUUAGAUGGCGACUGUUGGAUUACACCUUACAUGGGAGUGAGAUAACGAACUUUAAAGAACAGCAAGCAGAACCAUUUAAGGGCUAUUAAUAGUUUUGAGCCCUAAGUUAGUGUUUGCGUUUAUUCUUAAUCUAACAAUAUAUUUUAAUUUAGACAGAUUUCUGUGAUAUCUAGACUGAGGUUAGUGCCACACAGCAUUUUGAUUUGCUAAGGAUUCACUUUUUGGACUGUUACUACAAGUCAGUGGCCUCAUAAAUGUGUGUGAAGUAGAGUCCUAAAACUUCUUUUUUUCCAGUUGCUUAGUGCAUUUUUCCCUGCUUCAUUCUCUCCAAAGAAUAAAUACAUUCAUCAAGUCGCUCAAGUCUUCAUGUAUUUUUUUGUGUACAGCCAGAUGAAUGGUUGAAUUUUCAUUUCAAUAAGGUGAAGAGGGGAAGGGAAAAAAGGUCUAAUGCUUGUAUGUUAUAUUAGAGUUUGUGCUCUCUUCUUGUUUCUUGACUGUCCACUGUGGCUUAGACAUUAACCAGACAUUAAAGGAUAGAAAAGGUUAAGAGUAUUAAAGUCCCAAGACCUUCGUUUGGAGUUGCAGAUUGCAUCUAGACCCAUCAGGAACUCACUGUUAUUGGUUAAAGAAAGGGAAGGAAGAAAAAACGCAAACUCUUUAUUCCAUGCAGAAGAUAUGACUUGCUUUAUAUGACUAAAAAUACUGCACUCUGUGGUCAACAUGGUAUGAAUUAAAAACUUGUUUACAGAGAUAUUUUGGAACUCUUAAGCUAUGUUGCUUCUCUGGCAUGCUGUGAUCUGGAGAGCUGGUAUGAUUUCUUUUACUCCUACCUAGAUAGAUGGAAUUUGCUGAGCUCUUUGCCUUUCAUCGAAGUUGAUCAUAUUUGGGGGUCAUAAGGGUCUUAGGUUAGUGCACGCAUUUGAAUAUAUGUGACAGCUACAGCUUGUAGAAUUUUCUGCAUGGAUAGUGAGCUGUUCCUUUCCUGACAUUUCAAAGUAAAAGGCUGUACAUGAAGGCAAAUUACUUAGGGAAGACGUUCAAGUCACUUGGAAAGAUCAGUUUACAAAUUUUUGCAGCAAUAAAUAGUGCUUUUAUUAGAAAAAUGAGUCAAAUUAGGGAGAUCUUCUCUUACAGUAAUCCACUGAAUAUGCAUUCCUUUUGUAUUCUGCUUUUACUUUGGGGUUUUGUGUUGAGCUUUUAAUUUUUUUUUUUAUUUAACUUAGCAUAUUAUGGUUCCUUUAAUGAGAACAAAGGAAAAUGGGUUAGUGCCAGCUCCAGCCAAGAUGCCAGAAAUUCCUUUGCUCAGAGGUUUCCGGGCCAGUGAUUGAACUCCCCAUACUAAAACUAAAGGCAAGUUAAAACAAUUUGUAGAGAGGUACUGGUCUAGCUCAUAAUAAAUAAAUAAGUGCAGUAUAGCUUCCUUUUAGGGGGGUGGGGGCUAGGAAAGGACUAGAAUAAGACUAACUUUCGGUCCAAAAGUCUUCCUUGUGUUUUGUGAGACCUCCCAUAAGUAUUUGUAAGAAAUCUGCUUUGUGUGAGCAGAUUAAAUCAAAGUGAGUAGAGCAUAGUGAAUUUCAGUAGAAGCAUGUCUAAAGGCUCCAUAUAAAAAAGGGGUCCUGUUGUGGUAAAGUGUUUAUAGACAUGAAAGAUAAGCUUUUCAUUAAUUAUUCCAACCUGGUCAGAUGAAAGUGCUGGCUGCUAUUUCUUUUAAAAUGUUUAAAGCUUGGAGGCUUAAACAGAGGGAAGGAAGGAUUUAACCAGUGAGGUUAUUACUCCUUUUGAAUUGCGUAGGAACAGCUAUUCUAUUGUUGAUGGAAGGUAAGUUGAAUCAGUCGUCUACCUGGCAUGCUAAUUCACUUGCUGUAAAUAACCAUUAGAAAGCAACCACUUGCCAUAUGUAGGAGUGGAGUGAUAUCCUAUACGGUUUCCCUGAACAUCUAUUUAUUUGAAAGUGAUUUUCACUGAUGUAGGUAGAAUUGCAUAAAAUGGAUAAACUUUUCCUAUUUCCUUGGCAUUUUGGCAGUUUACAGGAUUUUAGAAAUUGAAGAGGGAGAGCUGUUAGGAUAGGAUUAUAGUCUCCAAAAUCAAGCAGCUUCUGAGAUUAUAGUAAGGAGCAGAUUAACCAAAUUCUAAUAAUACUAGUUUGUACAAGUUCCCUUGCAUGUUUUGUUACUGGAAAAUACUCAGUUUCCACUGAUAUGGCUAUAAAAACUCAUUCAGCAUUUAGAGGUGAAUUUGAUUGAGUGGGGAGAUGUUUUGUGUCAGUGCUUUCAGUUCCUAGAACAGUUAAGUCUCAUGCGAUUGCUUUCCAUGUCUGUGUCUUUCCUGGGUAAGUUUGGAGUCUCUUGUCCAGUUUUAGCUGAUAAUCAUGUAUGUUUUGGGAUUAGUUGCUGCACAAGCUAUUUUUUGCCCGGGUACCGAAAGAGAUGAAAAGAAUUAUGGGAAGUGAUUGACAAUAGGACUUAAUAUACUGUUGGAGCGUUGGCAUCAAGGGAGAACGGGCUGCCCCAGAAGCUGGGACUUAGUGCAGUAAAGUAGAGGUUCACUGAUGUGUGACAGAGAUUCAUAGGCAAUAAGCUUUCAGUUCUCUUGUUGAUGGAACAACUCUGUUAAAAGGCGGCUAGAAAGCUUUAUCUUUCUCCAGUUUUGAAAGGGCAUUUGAGGAGAUUGAAGAAGGGGAGGCAUGGUGAUGGGUUAUUUAUAGGCUAGACAGCUAGGGAAUGCAUUGUGGUAGACUGAGGAAAAAUUAGGUGGAAAACUGAGUGUUUGCAAAGUUGGUGAAUGAAGUUUUCCUUCUGACUUGUUGUCUUUCUGUGAGCACUUCGUUCAGGUACAGGGUGUAAACUUUGGCUUGGGCUUGAAGUCAUGUAGUUCUUAAGCUUCAUAAUGCUGUGAAGUUUUCAGGCCUUGUAUUCUUUCUUUUGUCCCUGGCAAGAUAUGAAUAAGAUCUGAGCUUUAGAAUGGCUCCAAAGCACUAUUGCAAUGUAAGUUUUGAAUAAUAAUAAUAGCAUGCCCCGUUCCUAAAAUGUGUUGAUAGGUGCCUUUGUGUAAGGUAUGCAAAAUCUGUUGUAACCUUUUCAGAAACAGAGCAACCUUUUCCUUUGCUGAACACUUUUUGUUAUGGUAUUUUUCUGUGAAGAAAGAAGUUACAUUAUACUUUUGGUUACUAUAGUUAAAAACCCCUGCCAUCUCUGUUUUCACAAUUCUGUAGCAUAAAAUGUUUUGCCACUUAUGAAGUGUGAAAGGGGGGUUAACCCCAAAAGAAAACCCUAGUUUUCCUUAGGAAUGGGUAUUUUGUCCUUGAAGAAUUCUUGAACACUUUAAAGUUUUGCACUCCUGCAGAAGGAGAGGUCAUCUCUCUUGCACAUAGGCUUACAUGCAAUUGCUGUGAAGACUUUAAAAAAAGUAGUAUGUUGAUAGAGCCAGAUUUAGCUAUUGUCUUCACUUUUCAGAAGUGUUCGGCAUUGAACAUCUCUGUCUGUUCAGAGAAAAUAAUUUAAAAGUGAUCUGAACUAUCCCUUAUCCAGAACUGAGAAGCCUUUGUCAAGUUCUGGUGGUUAACAAGUCCAGGAAGUAAGAUGCUUUGAACUCCUGGUUUUAAUCUUAAUGUUUUUAAUUGUUCUCUUGAAAUAAGUCAUAUGGCAGUUGUUAGAGCACACAAGGAAUAGUUAAGACUCAAUUCUGUUCCUUAAUUUGCUGUGUUCUUAGCUUGCUUUUUAUUGUUAGAAAUGGUGCAACUAUGUAACCUAGUACUUGCAUACCUGUCCAUACCUUAGGAGUUAUGCUUUUAACUUUAUCUCAGGAAAGACAAAGGGACCUUUCUGAUCCCUGUUAACGUGAAGAGGCAUGAUUGCCAGGAUUGUAAUCCAGGUUGGUUGGUCCACUGGUGACUGGUUGGGGAGGAAUCUGCCUCCAGUUGCCUUGUAGCCUUGUAUCUGUUACUGCACCCCCUUCUGGGGCUAUGGGAGGGAGGUCCAGGGAAAUCUAACUGAUGAGCUGCAGCAGGAGAGAGGGAGUGUAGGCUUCAGUUCACUUUGGCAAAAAACCCUGCCUUUUUGCCUCUUCAGGAAGCAAAUUCUUCACCAGCAGGCGAAAGGACAGUCGGUGAGAAGGCAUUCAUGCAAUGAGAAACUUGUUAAUAUUUGAGGUUACUGCUGAGGAAUUGUGUCAGGAGGAGACGAAUUGACUUUUUCACUUUCAUAGUAUCAGCUAUGAAGAACUUUCUAGGGGGGAAAAAAGUCUUAUAUUUAUUGCCGUACACGUAUGAGCAAUGUAGAAAGUCCAGUGGCUGGAGUCCAGUGUUGUAGGAUGGUGAGGGUUCAGUCUUCAAAACAGCUAAGAUAUGGCAUCAAACUGUAGGACUUAGAGCCCAACCAAAAUGCCAGGUCAUGGGACAGGAAGUUUUGCAUAUGAACUGGAUGAACUCAGAUAAUUUAAAAAUUGAGUAAAGAUCUACAGAUGAGACAGAUCAGGUCUCUUCUUUUGAGGUGACAACUGGAGGGUACAGUUGAUACCUCAGUUUGUCUAGUGGACAUUGGAGCGUGCCCGUGUACAUAAUUUUGCAGCCUGUUUGAUUCUUAUCAAAAGGCCAUCAGAAAGGAUGAGCUGUUACUAGAACCACAAUGCAGCUUAAUGUGAAUUAAAAAAACCACUCCUCUACUGUCUCAGUUGAGAUACAAGCUCAGAGAAUCUAUGACUGUAAGCAUCUCUCUUCAUGUGUGUGUGUGCAUGUGUAUGUCUGCUUACACUGGAUACUGUCCUCAGAGGAGCACUGUGAAGCUUCAUUAAAGUUUUUAAAGUGCUUUAUGAUCCUCAGAUGGAAAGUGCUUAGAAAUGAAGUGUUUGUAAUCAGAUAAGUUAGUAGCACAUAACAAGGAUAUAACCUAUUAACACUAGCUAUUAACAGUGCUGUUAGCAUCAGAAAGCUUAAUGGUUAUGUUUUAAAGUGCAAUCGCCCUCUGAAAAGGGAUGUGCAGAUUUUACAUUUGCUGUGUAUUAUUAUGCUCUACGCCAUUGCCUUCUGGACUACUGUGCUGCUCUUUCUUCAACAAGUUUGGUUGGGGAAAUGCUGCAUACAAACAAACAAGAAAGGGCAAAAAAUGCAUCAACAAGCACACACAAACCAAACAGGAAACAAAACAAAAAAACAUGACAUUUUUUGAGCCAUCUUAACCAAUAUACCAACAGGGAUAGAGUAUGAGGUAUGUUUCAGUUGUUAAUUUAGUAGAAAAAAUCAAUUAAAACAUUUAUUUCCUUAUGUUAAAAUAAUGAUUUUGAAGUUGCUUCCAAAUAACAUUUUAAGAGACAAAACGUGGGUGAUUUUCACCUCAUCAAGUGAGGUCCAUGGUUCUUUAUGGAAGACAAACUGGCCGAUAUAUUUGUAACAGCAUGCUAAAUAACUCAAUAUGUUUUAUCCCUGGUGCAGUUAUUUAAGAAUUCCCCAUACUGGCCUCUCUAAAUAGUUUUGGUUCACUGAUUAUUUGCUUGUCCUGAAAAAAGUUUUCUGAUUUAUAAAGCAUUUUCAAUCGAACAUUGACAAGGUGAAAUUUUAUGCCCUUGAUGGUGAUUUACCCUUGAUACAGAGCAACUCAAGUGAGUGUUUGUUGCUUAAAGACAUCACAGUAUUAUUAUUGAAGUAAAAGCUUCCAGGACUUCAGAAUGGAGAGCUGGCAAGCCCUACUGAAGUUAAGAUGAUUUAUAAGUCUAAGUAAAACAAUUUGGCUUUUGAGAGGAAGUAAAUUUAUAUGUAGCUUAGUGCACACUGUCAUACUCAGUGUGAACAUGUAUAGAACAUGCAGCUGCAAUACAUAAUGUCAUUUUUCAGAAGGGGGAUAGCUGUUUCGUAAAUAUGCAUAUAUAUUUGCUUUUUUUAAACUUUGUGUAAAUCCGAUGCCUAGCAGUUGGUUUGGAUUUUGUCUUUACCUAUUCAGAGCAAAUGUGGUCUUCUCUUCAGGUUUUGCCACAAAUAAUAUGUUCCCUGAGAUUUCACUACAUUUCUUCAAUUGCCAUGUUUGGAUUAGCCCUGCCACAAAGCACCGCAAGAUGUUACAUCCAGCAGGCGGAUUCUCUGUUCUGAUUUAGAGAGAGCAACCUGAAUACCUGGCAUCUGACUACUUUUAUUUAAUUAAGUACCUGCAAAUGCAACAUGCAUUAGCUAUUUCCAGAGUUUUGUGAGCCUGCAGACAUAGAUACAGGGCUGGUUACCCUGCAGGCUGUGGUCCUGUUGAAGAAAUCCCCUCGCUGGUGGAAUCCCCAUUUGAGAGUUCCUGUACCUUGCCAUAAAGGCAGUAGCAGCAAAGCGUGUCAAAGCCUGACACAUAUUUGCCAUUUAUAGCCUCCUGAUAAUUUUGUGAAACAAGGACUUAGUCUAUAUUGUCAUACUGCAUAAUAAUUUUUAUUCUCAUUCAUAAGGUGUGCAGCCUCUGCCCUCCCAAGUUCAUUCCUAUGGAGCGCCCUCCCAUGACUUUUCAAAUUAGUUUCAUUCUGUGGUGGUUUUUCACUGCUAGUGUGGUCUUUUUUACUUUCUACACAGCUAUAGCGCAAAACUGUACAGAAUUAAAAACUUGUGUAUUUUAAGGGCUCAAUCCAAGGGUGUGUGUGCCUGUGAGUUUCCCAGGUUGCUGUCAGUUAUCCCACCAGACAUGGUUCCAUUACGCAGUCAGUUCAAGUGUUUGCUACCUGUGUUGGGCUGACUCAGGAGCAAGUCCCACCGUAGAAUCAUACUCACAUUACCAUAUACUGUUUCUGAACUUUAUCCUUUACUAUUUCUGCACAUUCAAGAUACUGUCUGGAAACAUCCUGAAGAUUUUUUUUGUUUCAAGAUGCCGGGAUUCUCUUCUUUCAGCUGUUGGAGCAUUUAUCUAUGGAAAUUGUGAGAAGAGGCUGUUGAGCGUCUGCUUGAUGAUUGAGUUGCAGACUGAGACUUGAAACAGCCAAGGCAGUAGGAGAGACCAAGUUUGCUCUGCUGUCCUGCAGGUGUUCACGCCUCUGAACCUGGAAUCUCAGGUUUAAAUGUGUGUGUCAUGUAGAGUCUGGUCACAGUCUGGCUUCAUCUUGGACUGAAGAUGAACCUCUUCUUGUCCUGGGAUCGGGAUGGGGUAGUUCUUAAAAUGUGGUUUCUCCUCGGGCUGAGGGCUAGGGUCGAGUGUUCCACAGUGCACCACGGAAGAGACCGUGUGGCAAGUGAUACUUACACAUUCAUCAUUCACUGUUAAUGGGUUCUGCAACCUUAUUGUAGAAUUAGCAUAAUUGGCUUCUCUCUUUUUAGCUAGUUUUAAAGAUAAAAGCUCCAGUUGAGUUGCUCUCCACACUCACGCCUCGCCUGUUUUGCCCUUUCUGUGUAUUAUUGCCUUUGCAUGAGGAACGGAGAAGAACCAAGCGAGUGGAGAGCGCGUUAGAGCGGCGUUGCUUGGCGGGGAGUUGUCCCUCCGGUGCAGGGAGGGCGCUGUCCCUUUAAGGCGGGAAGUAGGCCGGCCCGGUCUGGUGAUUGACAGCCCGCCUGGAGUCACAUGACCUGCCUCUAUUUGAAGGUCACAAAAAGCUGCUUCCUUUAGAGAGAGCAAGAGGGAGAGAGCGAGCGAGAGGGAGGGUGAGUGAGUGAGAGAGGGAGUUCAAGCCAAAAUGGCCGACAGAGUCUCUGCUGGUUUCUGAACAUUUGAAAUAAAAAGAGAAUAAAAAAAAGCAAAACACAAAGCAAACACAAAAUCAUUUUUGGAUCUUUUUUCAUUUCCAUUUCUACCUUGUAUGCCUCAACUCGCUGGAUUUAAGCACUGCUGCACUUUAUGAGAGAGAAGGAGCAAGAAAGGGAAGAACAGUUAAUGGAAGACAAGAAAAGGAAGAAGGAGGAUAAGAAAAAGAAGGAAUCUGCUCAGAAGGUCACAGAUCAAAAAACCAAAGUGCCCGAAGUGACGAAACCAAGUUUAAGCCAACCAGUGGCUGCCAGCCCAAUUGGCAACUCUCCAUCGCCACCAGUCAAUGGUGGCAACAAUGCCAAAAGGGUGGCAGUGCCGAACGGACAACCGCCAAGCGCCGCCCGCUACAUGCCUCGGGAGGUGCCGCCGCGAUUCCGUUGCCAGCAGGACCACAAAGUGUUACUGAAACGUGGGCAGCCCCCUCCGCCAUCCUGUAUGCUCCUUGGGGGUGGAGCAGGGCCUCCUCCCCCAGCAGCACCAGGAGCAAACACAAACAACGCACAACCAGUGACAGGAGCACUGCUGCAGACCGACAGUGGGACUGCAACAGAUUCAGCAAUUGGAGGUGCUGCUGCUUCAAAUUAUGCAAAUUCCACUUGGGGUCCUGGAGCCUCCUCCAACAGCGGCACCAACGCCAACCCAACUCACAUCUGGGACAAGGUGAUUGUAGACGGGUCUGACAUGGAAGAGUGGCCUUGUAUUGCCAGCAAAGAUGCUGAGUCUUCUUCCGAAAACACCACCGAUAACAACAGUGCCUCGAACCCUGGCUUGGAGAAGAAUGCUCUGCCAGGAAGCACCACUAGUAACAAAGGAAAAGGAAGCCAGUGCCAGUCUGGAGGUGCUGGAAACGAAUGUAAUCUUGGGGCCUGGAAAUCUGAUCCCAAGGCUAAAUCUGUUCAAUCUUCCAACCCUGCUGCUGAGAGUAACAAUGGACUAGGUAAUUGGAGGAACUUGAGUGGACAAGACAGAAUUGGUCCCGGUUCUGGCUUCAGCAACUUUAACCCAAAUAGCAACCCAUCUGCUUGGCCGGCACUGGUUCAAGAGGGCAAUUCUAGGAAAGGGACUUUGGAAUCUGAUAGUGGUAGCUCCAAUGCACAGAUUAGCACAGUAGGUCAGACCUCUAGGGAACAGCAGUCAAAGAUGGAAAAUGCGGGUGUUAACUUUGUCUCUGGCAGAGAACAGGCUCAAAUUCAUAACACUGAUGGACCAAAAAAUGGAAACACUAACUCCUUGAACUUAAGUUCACCAAACCCUAUGGAGAAUAAGGGAAUGCCCUUUGAAAUGGGCUUGGGGAACUCUUCCAGGAGCACUGACACCCCUUCACAAAGCACUGGAGAAAGAAAGACUGGGAGUGUUGGAUCUUGGGGUACAGCUAGGGGGUCUUCUGGAACUGACACAGUCUCUGGACAGAGCAAUUCUGGAAACCAUGGGAACAAUGGAAAGGAUAGAGAGGACUCCUGGAAAGGAGCUUCUGUUCAAAAGCCUAAUGGGUCAAGAAGUGAUUCUUGGGAUAACAAUAACCGGUCUACGGGUGGUGGGUCUUGGAACUUUGGCCCUCAGCACGCAAAUGAAAGCAAAUGGGGUGAAGGGAACAAAUUAACAUCUGGGGUCUCUCAGGGAGAAUGGAAACAGCUGUCUGGGUCUGAUGAACUGAAGAUUGGAGAAUGGAGUGGUCCAAACCAACCAAAUUCUAGCACUGGAGCAUGGGACAAUCAAAAAGGCCACCCUCUUCCUGAAAACCAAGGCAAUUCCCAGGCUCCCUGUUGGGGAAGAUCUUCCAGCUCUGCGGGAAGUGAGGUUGGAGGUCAAAGCACUGGAAGCAACCACAAAGCAGGAAGUAGUGACAGUCACAAUUCUGGACGCCGAUCAUAUAGGCCUACUCAUCCUGAUUGCCAGGCAGUCUUGCAGACUUUGCUGAGCAGGACUGAUUUGGACCCCCGAGUGCUUUCAAACACCGGCUGGGGCCAAACUCAAAUUAAGCAAGAUACCGUGUGGGAUAUUGAAGAGAUGCCACGGACCGAGGGGAAGUCUGAUAAAGGAACUGAGGGGUGGGAGAGCUCUGCCACACAGACAAAGAACUCAGGGGGCUGGGGUGAUGUACCCAGCCAAAGCAAUCAAAUCAAGUCUGGAUGGGGUGAGCUCUCAACCUCAACGGAGUGGAAGGACCCCAAAAAUACUGGAGGAUGGAAUGACUAUAAGAACUCCAAUUCUUCUAAUUGGGGAGGAGGAAGAGCAGAAGAAAAAUCAUCUUCCUCUUGGAAUGAGAGCUCUAGUAAGGAUCAGGGGUGGGGUGGACGGCAGCCUAAUCAAGGAUGGUCUUCUGGAAAGAACGGUUGGGGAGAGGAAGUUGACCAAACAAAAAACAGCAACUGGGAAAGUGCAGGAAACAAGCCAGUGUCCGGUUGGGGUGAAGGUGGCCAAAAUGAGAUUGGAACUUGGGGUAAUGGUGCAAACACAAGCGCUGCUUCAAAAGGUGGAUGGGAUGAUUGUAAAAGAACUUCAACGUGGAAUGAGACGGGUCGACAGCCCAACUCCUGGAACAAGCAGCAGCACCAGCAGCAACAGCAGGAGUCUUCUGGUUCCUGGGGUCCACCGCCCCAAACUCCAAGUAAUGGGCGAACUCCAAACCCAAACUGGAACAGUGGACCACAGCCAGCUGCCCCUAAAGAGGAGGAGCCUAGUGGCUGGGAAGAACCUUCUCCACAGUCAAUCAGUCGAAAAAUGGAUAUCGAUGAUGGCACUUCAGCGUGGGGAGAUCCUAGCAGUUAUAACUAUAAGAAUGUGAACCUGUGGGACAAGAACUCACAAGGAGGACAGGCCCCACGGGAGCAGAGCCUGCCUACUCCGAUGACUAACAAAUCACAAGCAUCAGUCUGGAGCAAAAGCACUCCACCUGCUCCAGAUAACGGUACAUCUGCCUGGGGUGAGCCAAAUGAAACCAGUCCCGGGUGGGGUGAAGUAGAUGAUACAGGAGCAUCGACAACAGGCUGGGGGAAUGCACCUUCCAACGCCCCAAAUGCCAUGAAAUCUAGUGAGUAUAGGCCAGGUUCUAAAUCUAUGCAAGAUGGCUGGGGAGAGAGUGAUGGGCCAGUGACAGGAACGCGUCAUUCCAGCUGGGAAGAGGAGGAGGAGGGAGGAGUCUGGAACACAGCAGGCUCUCAGGGAAGCAGUUCCUCCCACAACUCAACAAGCUGGGGGCAAGGAGGAAAGAAAACACAAAUGAAGUGCUCAUUAAAAGGAGGAAAUAGUGAUUCGUGGAUGAACCCUUUAUCCAAACAGUUUUCAAAUAUGGGCUUGCUAAGUCAAACUGAGGACAUUCCAUGCAGUAAGAUGGACUUGUCUGUAGGUGGUCUCCCAGAUAAGAAGUUUGAGGUAGAUAAACGAGCCAUGAAUCUCGGGGAUUUUAAUGACAUGAUGAGAAAGGAUCGAUCUGGGUUCCGUCCACCUAAUUCCAAAGACAUGGGAACCACAGAUAGUGGGCCUUAUUUUGAGAAGCUGACUUUGCCUUUCUCCAAUCAAGAUGGGUGCCUUGGGGAUGAGGCUCCCUGCUCUCCCUUCUCCCCUUCUCCCAGCUACAAGCUGUCUCCCUCUGGUUCCACACUAUCCAACGUCGGCCUUGGGGCAAUCGGCUCAGGGCUCAGUCCCCAAAACUUCGCUGCUAGACAAGGUGGCAAUCAUGGUUUGUUUGGAAACAGCACAGCACAAUCGAGGGGCAUGCACACACCAGUGCAGCCACUAAAUCCUUCCCCCAAUAUCCGGGCGCAAGUGCCUCCCCAAUUUCUUUCUCCCCAGGUUUCGGCCUCCAUGCUCAAACAAUUUCCCAACAGUGGCUUGAAUCCUGGUCUUUUCAAUAUGGGCCCCCAGCUUUCUCCACAACAGAUUGCCAUGCUGAGCCAGCUUCCACAGAUUCCCCAGUUUCAAUUAGCAUGUCAGCUCCUCCUUCAGCAGCAACAGCAGCAGCAACUGUUACAGAGCCAGAGGAAGCUAUCUCAAGCUGUGCGACAACAGCAGGAGCAACAGAUUGCUCGUAUGGUGAGUGCCCUCCAGCAGCAGCAGCAGAGGCAGCCUGGCAUGAAGCAUUCACCAUCCCACCCUGUUGGGCCUAAGCCACAUUUAGACAGUAUGGUACCCAAUCCUUUGAAUGUGGGUCUCUCAGAUUUACAGACCAAAGGGCAAAUACCUGGAUACGGUUCAAGCUUUGGCUCAAGUGGCAUGGAUUAUGGCAUGGUGGGAGGGAAAGAGGCUGGAACAGAAUCCCGCUUUAAGCAGUGGACUAUGAUGGAAGGGCUGCCCUCUGUGGCUUCACAAGAUGCCAAUAUGCACAAAAAUGGUGCAAUAGUACCCCCUGGAAAGGCUCGCGGAGGAUCGCCCUACAACCAGUUUGACAUAAUACAGGGCGACCCACUAGGUGGCCAUGCAGGCCCUGCUGGUGAUAGUUGGUUACCUGCCAAAUCUCCACCAACGAACAAGAUUGGAAGCAAAUCCAGCAAUGCCAGCUGGCCUCCAGAGUUCCAACCAGGAGUGCCAUGGAAAGGUAUACAAAACAUUGACCCUGAAUCUGACCCCUAUGUGACCCCUGGAAGUGUGCUGGGGGGGACAGCCACAUCUCCCAUUGUAGAUACUGACCACCAACUUCUGCGGGACAACACCACAGGGUCUAAUUCUUCCCUCAACACCUCGCUGCCUUCACCUGGUGCCUGGCCCUACAGUGCCUCUGACAAUUCCUUCACCAACGUUCAUAGCACUUCAGCAAAAUUCAGUGAUUACAAAUCAACAUGGUCCCCAGAUCCCAUAGGACACAAUCCCACUCAUCUCUCCAACAAGAUGUGGAAAAACCAUAUUUCCUCAAGGAACACUACAGGGCUGCCCCGCCCGCCUCCUGGCCUGACCAACCCCAAACCAUCAUCUCCAUGGAACAGCACAGCACCCCGAUCGGUCAGGGGCUGGGGGGCACAGGACUCAAGGCUUGCCUCUGGUGAGAAGAAUCAACUGAUAGCACUAUUGAUCAGACCUGAGGAGUGUACGUUUUACGGCACUAGUGGUUCGGAGGAGAGAAAGUUUCAGUUGUCUGCAUCUACUUGGAGUGAUGGUGGCUCAGUUCGUCCUAGCUACUGGUUGGUUCUUCACAAUCUCACUCCACAGAUCGAUGGGUCAACCUUGAGGACGAUCUGCAUGCAGCAUGGUCCACUGCUGACAUUCCAUCUGAACCUGACCCAGGGCACCGCCCUUAUCCGAUACAACACCAAACAGGAGGCGGCCAAGGCCCAGACUGCACUGCACAUGUGUGUGUUGGGAAACACUACCAUCCUCGCUGAGUUUGCCACAGAUGAAGAGGUUAGUCGCUUUCUGGCACAAGCUCAGCCCCCUACACCUGCAGCAACCCCAAGUGCACCCACAGCAGGCUGGCAAUCCCUGGAGACGGGACAGAACCAGACAGAUCCAGUUGGACCUGCUUUAAAUCUCUUUGGUGGGUCAACAGGGCUUGGGCAGUGGAGCAGUGGUGGCGGCGGCAGCAGUGGGGGUGAUCUCACUGGCGCUUCGUUGUGGGGGCCCCCAAACUAUUCUUCAAGCUUGUGGGGGGUCCCAAGCGUAGAGGAUCCACACAGAAUGGGCAGCCCUGCUCCCUUACUACCUGGAGACCUUCUGGGAGGAGGGUCGGAUUCAAUCUGAACUUAGAACUUUCAACUCUGACCUCGUGACCUUUUUUGGAACAGCAGCAGCACUAACUUGACCUUUUCGUUUUUUUCAACUUGCAAUAAAUACAUUUAUAAAAAGGAAAAAAGAAAACGGAGAGAGAAAAAAAGGUGGGUCAUUGACAGACUGUCUGAGCACAUAGUUGCCUCCCUUAUAUAACUUCAGUUUUUUCGUUUGGAAUAUGAAUCCAAAAAGAGAACAUAUCACUCUUGAAAUACUUGAAUCAUGAACGCCAACUUAGAAAGACAAUGUGAAGCAAGUACACAUACCAUUUAAAUUUAAACACAAAAAAUUAAAAAAAUUAGUUUCUAGUUUUUCACUUUUUCAUGUUAUACGGAAGUUGUUGCUAAGAAACAUAUAUACUGAAAAAAUAGCUUUUUAACUUUGUUUGCACUGGGUGUGUUUCCGUCCUUAGGUCUACCAUGUUGGGUUGGGGUAGGGGAGGGGUUCAAAAGAAAAGCGGGGGGGGAAGACUUGACGGAGCCUCACUUUAAAAACAAAAUAAAAAAUUAAAAAAAAAAAUAAAAAUAAAAAAAUCACAAAAAAAGACAAAACAGAAAAACAAAAAAGACAAAACAAAACAAAAAAACCAACACUUUGUGAUUGGCUGGUUGAUAAGUACCAGUGUGUUCUGGCACAUGUAACUGCCCACGUGUGCUUGUUUCUGUGUGAGUGCGUGUGCACAUGUUCGUGUGUGUGCUUUUUUUUUCUCUAUAUAUAUGAUCUUGAAGUGCUGCAUUGCUGAUGGUCUGUGGGCUGGCUGGCCAUCUGCAUAUCUUAAUUCUGAAAACAAGACAGGCAUGGUGGAGUCCCUGUGGCUGAAGCAGAAUCCAAUUGGGCUGGAUUAAAAAUUGUCGGUAGGGUUUUUUUAAAUUCAUUUUAGCAGGGUGCUAUCUCAAGUCUGCAGAUCGUAUUGAGUGGGUAGUUGCUUCCUGGCCCUUGUUCUAACCCUGUGGUAGAGCAGAACACUGCCAUAUCCAAAGGAUUUGGUGAGAGGGGAGCCAAUGUUGUCUUUUGAGUAGCAGUGUAUUUAUUUAUUUAUGUCUGCAUGUGGGGUUUUUGUACUGAGUGAACCCUAGAAUGUUUCUGAUAUAAUGCAAGCCAUUUUUUUUAAUUCCAACAAGGGGAAAAAGGGAGAAAAGAAGACGUCGCCAUUUUCUGUGCGGCUUAGACAAAUGUUCUUAUUUAGUCUCUCGCAAGCUUCAGUACCUUUAAAAAAAAAAAAAAGGUGUUUCUUUUCUCCCCCAAACCUACAAAUAGGCACCCAGAUUUGUUCUUGAAGAGUCCAUCAAAAGCUUGAAAGUUCAGCCCAACCAAAUCAGCCUUUUAAUUGAUUUACUGCUUGUAUUAAAACUGACAAAAAUUAAGCCAUGUCAGCAAAUUGCUGGCCAGCCUCCCUCAUCUCCUGACAGCACAUGCAGCAAACUCCCUUCUGCGUCCUUCAUGGUGAGCGUUACCUGUGCCAGGCCUUGGUGUAUUACAGCGCCAGACCAUCACUGACAGAAACGUUUACUUACGAAUGUUCUUAAACCAGUGUGUACUUCAAACGUUUCCUUUUGUUUAUCUGUGUUGUGUUUUUUCCUGUGUACGUGGUUUUGCUUAGGGAAGUAUAUAGCUAGCAAAGACUUUUUUUUUUUUUAAAGUAUUGCACCUUUUUGGUUUUUGUUUUUACUUCUUCUGUACUGUUGCUUUUUAAUUUCUGUAUUUAAGGAAAGGUUUGGGGUUUUUUUAGCAUCAGUGUAGUAGUACUCUGGGCAGGAUAGGGGUGACCUGUAAUCCACAGUGAUAGCCAGUGUGUGCGUGCAUGUGUGCGCUGGGAACAAAACUUUUAAGACCUGUUGUUGUGAAAAGAGUUGUAGCAGACUUGAAGGAACAUGCCUUGACAUUAAGUGAGAAGUCUCUCGGGGCAUUGGGGCCGGGAGAAGAGGGAAGAGAGAUGCCGGUACUUUUUCCCUAAGUGCUAGGACUUCCAUGCGGUGUUGUCUAGCCAUGAUACUGUCUAUCAAAGUGCCGACAUUCUGUACCAGCACAUACCUGUCCAUUCCAGCCCUCAGCGGGAGCAGCGCUCAAGAUUUAUUACCAGGGGGGUGGGGGGGAUUGGAUUAGGGGCAUCUUUAUUCAGCAUUUUCAUUGAAGGAUAUGACAACGGCAGAUACAUUUAACUCUAAGCGUGGGUUGGGUGGGGAGAAGCAGAAGCAGAUUCAAGUAAUGUGGGGGGGGGCUGUGUGUGUGUGUGUGUGUGUGUGUGUGUGUGCCUGUGUGCUGGGGGUGGGAGGGAAAGGCUGGGGAGUUGCGUGGCUUUUUUAAGUUCGCCCUUUCUAUGUAAACCCAAUGUCACAAGGAAGACUGACUGAGGGAAAUGCUGCAUAUACACAUGCCUGUAGAUUUGUAUGCAAAGUGUUAAGUGGCAAAAAGUACAAGUAGAUUUGUAUUUGUUUAGUAAACUGGAGUGUGCAGCAUACUCUUCCCCCUUCUGAAUAUACUUUUCUAUUGUGUCUCCUCCUUCAUCCAUCCCACCAUGCACAAAGAAAAUGCUCUCUUCCAGCUCCUGCUAGCUCGUGCCGCUCAUAAGCACACAUCCAUGAAGCUUUGUUUCUGCUAAAUCUCUGCUCAAAGACCAGCACACUUGGACACAGAGCAGUUUCUUAAAAGUCCUGUGCCAGCAGUACUUCCUAGUGGAGCACCUUUGGCCCAAGUAAGCCAGUAUCCAUUCUGCCACGUGAUUUACACACGCUGGUUCAUUGCUGUGUUCCACCCUCACUUCUCUCUCCCAACCUGCCCUAAGGUCCCUUUUUCCUGCACUUUGGGCUAGUUGAGUUCAUUGUGAUACUACGGUGAAAGCCGGGUGCUAGAGCCCCUCUUGUUUACAAGACAUAAUGAGGGAUUUGAAAUAUUUAAAAAGAAAAGCUAAAUUGUUCUUCCAUUGUAAGCUUAAAGGGAAAAAAAAAUUAAAACGUACAAAAAAAAAAAAAAAGACCAAAAAGUGCAUAUAUAUAUUUUAGAUGAAGACUAACUCUGGGAGCAUUUAACAGUGUUUUUGUUUUUAUUUUAACAUUUUAUUUUCCUGCUUUAAAUUUGCAAGCAUUCUCAGGAAUUCUAGGGUAGGAAGCCAGUUUUUUGAAGAUGGUUUAUUUAACCUUAUCCUAGAUAGAUGGCUGUUUCUUGUUGAUAAACUUUUACAAGUUCCUGAAUCUUCAAAAUGUUUGAAAGUUUUUACUUUAAAAUAAAAAUGCUAAAAAAAAAAUAAUAAAAAGAAAAAAAAAAAAAGAAAAAAAUCUCCAAAUGUUACUGUCAAGUGGGGGUAUCAAGAAUUUUAAAGAUUAAAUGAAAAUAUAUUAAGAAAACUUCUCAAUAUCAGCAACAGAAAUUUAUUGUAAUGUUAAACAAGUUGUGGGAGAAGAAGGGUUAUCAUUUGUAGUGCUUUGUUACUCAUACAGACAUGCGUGCAGUUGCAUGGAGAAGUGUGUGAAUGGAAAUCUAUCACUUUAUUGCCUCUCAGUUGAAACUAAACAAAAAUAUUCUUCCAGGCACCUUUUUAAAAGCAAAGUGAAACUAUAAACCUAAUUAAAAUGCAGUAUAGUUUAACCGAAAGCGUCCUCAGUUAGGAGGACUAGCAGAAUAUAUGUGAUGGUGCUUCUUUAAACCACUUUUUAUGUAGUGUAGAAAACCAGUGCUGACACAAAAAAACAAUAAUGAAGUAGUUUUAUUAUCCUGUAUUUUCAGUAUAGCAAAAUGAGACAAUGUGGAAUAACUCCAGUAAAAUGUACAUUAGAAAUCAACUUUUCUGUUUUCAGAAUAUUUGGUCAGUUUAUUCCCCCACUUGGAGAUUUGCUGCUUGCUAUUCUUCACCUAUCCCACCUCCCAGUCUUUCUGCUUUGUUUUAUAUGAGGGAAGUAUCUGUUAAACUCUUCUAUUCCCCGUGUUGCUACUGGCUGCCAGGGCUUACAGUCUUGGAACUUCAGAGUUUGGUGUUGGGAUGGCCAGUUUCUGUCUGCCAGCUCUAAGGGUCAGGGACGUACUCCGCCUGAAAUGGCUUGGCUCAAACCACAAAAACCCAAAAACCGUGCUAGUGCCUUUUGACGUGCACCCACAUGCCCUACGGCAGGGGAAGAGAGGGAAGAUGAGGCAGGGUGAGGCAGUACAGCCGCUUCGUGGAAAGAGAUGUACUCGUUCUUAAGGGAAAAAAAAAAGCAUGCUGUGUAUGCAAUGAGUUACGUAACCGUAGUUGAGAUAACUUUAUUAUUUAAAAAAAAAAAUCAAAUGCCAAAUUCCUGUCCUUUUUGUACCAGUUGCCCAGUGUUUUCCUGUUGCGCUGCGUGUACAUCUGAGUGUAUACAUGUGUGUUGAAAGUAAUGCAUCAGUGAUAAUAAAAAUGCGCUUAAAAAAAAACCCUGUCAUGGGCCAGUGGAAGGAGGGUUUAUUUAGGGAGUUUGAGAUUUUUUUUUUUAAUUUAUUUUACAGAGAGAAUUUGAGUGCUUUUUCCAGAGGCUGUGUUUUAUCAAAUCAGUAGUGUCCUAAAAGAGAGGAAAUCGUAGGAUUUAAUCAAAAAGAGCCUAGGAACUUGACAGUCACUUGGAAGUGGGUUGUGACCGACUGCUGAAGGGUUAGCUGUCUUGAGUUUCAGCAGUCUGCUGGGUCCAAAGCUAUUUAGUACAACAGUCUGCUCUGCCUUUCUCUAAAUGUGCAGGCCUGCAAACAUUGGUGACUGUCUCCUUAGUGAUAGUUUUCCUAAAUUGUUAAAGCAACAUUAAUCUUACUAUUGUCCAGCUACAGUUGACGGUUCUAUUCCACUCCAGAUUAUAUGUAGUUAAUCAUGAUGUUGCUAGCGUGGCUUAGUCAUGGCACUCUGAACCCUUGCAAGUGAUUUCUGAGCGUUGUACUAACCAGACUCAUCUUCUGGCGACGACCAUCACUUAGCGUUUUAAAUAUUCUGCUACCAUCUGAGCUCAUGACAGUGAGAAGUUAGCAGGAACUCAUGUUAGGGUACUACUGGGCUUUUACAGAACUCUUCCAGGGAGGGAAUAUGUGGGAACAUCUUGUUUAAACAUACUGACAAAGAAGGCAGGGAAAAGACACUGGGGAAGGCACAUCCUGGAAUAGACUGUUGGCAUCUCUUUCCACUAAAAAAAUCAAACAUAACGUCUUUCACUGGAAAACACUCUUUACUUUCUCGAACGACAAACAUAACUCUUAUAGUUUUAUUCUUGUUUGUGGUUGUCCAGGUUAUACAUUUAAAAUAUAUAUGUACUUUACAGAUAGUGUCAGCAUUCCUGGUUUUUUUCCUAGUUUUGAAUCCUUCACUGCUGAAUUUGUUAAAAAAACUAAACAAAAAACGCAGUCUUCUAAACAGGUAUCCGUUUGUUACCAGCCGCUUCAUUCACUCCAUGCUACAGUGUGUAUCAAGCUGGGAGUUUUUUAAUGAGUUUGGUAAUUCUUUGCUCCAUUUGAGUAUUUCAUUUUAGCAGUGACUACAAAGCCUAGCAAGCAAAAAAAGGUGGGGUAUGGCACAGAAACCUAUGUUGAGACCUCUGACAUGUACUUUGGAAAGCAGUUUCAGUACUAUGUACUUUGGAAGACUUGCCAUCUUUUCCCAGCAUUUUUAUGCUUUUACCUGGACACUUGCCUGGCAGUCUUGAGAGUGGGUUUUUUAUUGUUGGUUUAGGAUUUUUUUUCCUAUCACAGGGUGUCAGGUUUUUCUUACAAGUUUUUUUAUUUUGCUUCAAGUUAAGUGGCUUGUGUAAUGAGCAAGCGUAUUAAGCCAAGUGUGUUUUUCCUCUGCAACACAAACAGGAUGUUUUCAACAAACUGGCUGAGAUAACCACCUCAAAGAUCAAAUAACAAUUGAACCUUUAUGUUAAGUUGGCCUCUUUUUUUUUUUCUCUUGCCAUGAAAUUUCUUAACAUUUAUUCCUUAGAACUAUUCCUCUAUUCUUCCUAAAAAUACUGCCACAUCUUCCACUGUAUCUUGGUGGUGCAUCCAAACAGUACUGUAGAAUUUUUUUAUUUCUCCUUCUUUUUUUAUUACAUUUAUCUCUUAGGUUUCUAUUUCUGUUCGUGCAUAUUGUUUCUCCGUUGGCUUUAAGAGAAGUACUGUAUGUGUAUCUGAGAUUCCCAAUCUCCUGCACCAGACUUGUGUGUGAUCCUCACAUGAAUUAGUCCAACUGACCUUAAACGAGUACUGCUCGGGUGAGGGCUCUUUGUGUAAGGAAACCUUAGCUGGGCUGGGGCCAAGGUGGCAGAUGAGGACCUGUUAUAUUUCCAAUGCAGCAAACAUCUGCGUUGCAUAUAUCACAUUCACUGUAAAUCAUGUGACUUCAGUAUCCAGGUUUCUCAAGCAGACUGAACUGCUGGGUUUGUGUGAUGAAUGGUCAGCAUCUCAGGAUAUGAGUCCUGACUGAGUAAAAGGUAGUAUUUUCUCUCUGAAGAGGUAAGGUUCCCCUGGCAGAAGCAGCUUGCUUAAAUGUAAAUAUGCAUGCAUGUAUUUGUGGGCAGGAAAGUAAUACCAAGAAAACUAAGUUGAAAUUACUUCUUAAAAAAAUGCUGUUGAAGUGCAACUUUGGUCCUGAGUCCGAAACAACAUAUGCAGAACCUGUUGAUUUGUCUAAAUUUAUUUUGCACAAAAUACCAUUUCAGUUCUUGAGUUUAUUUACCACUAUUUUGCAACAUUAGGAACUGAUACUGUUACAUCAGUCAUUCCCACUGUGAUCAAAAUACAGUUGUCUAAAACCCAAACUCUGUUCCUUCACCUCCAGUACUAGGCUUCGGCUCGUGGCAGAAGGGUUUUAACAAUAAUGGGGAGAAAUAUGUGAAGUUCCCCUGAUGUAGACAGAGCCUGUUUUCCCUGUUAUGCUGAAUUCACAUCCAGACAUAAAACACAAAGCAAAAAUUAUGCUGGAGCAGAGUUUUUAGUUGGGCUUAAACGACAACAGAAGCCUAACUGGAGAUUUUUAGCAGCCUUGCUAGUUCAUGUCCCUCACGAUAUUUUACGUAAGUGUUCCAUCACUGUAAAUACCAGUGUUGCUGAAUUUUACUAAAGUUCCCCUGCAGUAGAUAAUAGGAAACAGGCCCAGUUUGUAGUGACUUGCCAAGCAGAGCUUUGUGUACAGUAGAAUUCGAGGUUCUGUCUACAUUGCUGUUAAAACUGAGCCAGGGUCCUGUUUAAAAAUACAGCUCUCUAUUUUGUGAUGUUACGUGAGACUUUAACUUUGUGAUGUAGUAACUAUAGCUUCUAAUCCUUAUAUGAAAAGUGAUUUAAGGUUUCAUCUGUGCUACAAAGAGCACCACAGCUCCUGGUGAUUUGGAGCCUGCUCUUAAAACUCUUGUCAGGCCAAGACAGAUGCAGCUUCAUCUGUGGCACACAGCAGACAACGUCCCUUUGCAUCCACAGUUUGCGUGCAUGUUGCUUUUCAUCGAGCUAUGCAGGAAAGAUUGUCUCUCAAAGUCUCCCAGAAUCCUGUGCUAUAUAAGCAAGCUUUUAGCAAAUCAAGUGCCCUCUGCAAGGAGCCAUUUUCGCCCUGUGUGACAGUUGGGACUGGUGACAUUCAGCAGUGUUGGGACUCCUCUUCGCUUUGUGGUGAACAAGGGAGCUUUUCUGACUUGACUCUGACAGCCUUUCUGUAAAUGAAUAUAGAGCACUCCAGGGAAAAAGAAAGAAAAAGAUGGGGGGAGGAAUGCAUUGUGCCAGCCAGCAUUUAAGUAUUUUUGCAGCAAACAUUCUUGAUUGUGGUGGGCAGAGGAGAAGCAAAGAGACUGGAGAAGUUUGCAUGGAUGCGCAAUACAAGGAGGUAGUGCUUAGCAAAAAAAGUUUCCUUGAGCACUAAAUACCUCCUCCUGGGUAUUACUGUGCGUUGUCGCAUUUGCAGAACUAACUUCCUCGGGGCUUUUUAAAUCUGUUUGUUUUGUUUUAAAUUGAGACAAAGUGGAAACUUCUCCUGUUUCAGAUGAAACACAACCAUAAGUGAACAUUUUCUUCAUUGUGUACUGUUGAGCAGUAAGAGCAGGUUGCACAGCUUGUUAGAAUAGCUAUUUUAGUUACAUGAUUAUGAUAUUACGUGCUUUCUUCCCCCUCCCUCUCCCUGCCAGAUAUGGCUUUGCCCUUUCUAUAUAAAGUGCUGUGUGGGUUUUUUUGUUUUGUUUUGGGGACUUGUGGAGAAGCAGCAAAAUGAAGUGAAAAUGCAAACCAAGGUAGAACAGCCUUACUUUAGAGGGGUAGCCUUACAACAGAGCUUUAUUGUGAGUGUGCUGUAUUCCAAAAUAUGUAAGCCAAAAACAAACAAAAAAAAAAGCAUUCAUUUAUGCAAAAAAAAAAAAAAAAAAUUAAAAAGAGGUGUUGGAAGACUUCUUUAAUAUGUACCUUCUAAAGGUAAAGUAAGGUCUCACCAAGUGAUACGUUAUUGUGAUACUUCUUGCUGGGUCAGUAGGGAUGGGUUGGGGUAUAAGCGCUUAAUGUUUUCCUCCUAUGUUUUUACAAGCAGUAAGUUAAAUGUGGUAUUUAUGAAUGUGCCUUUGUGAGUAUAGUGACUGUCUAAUUUGAGGAGAGGGGAGACAGUGGUCAAUUUAUUCUUUCAAGGGUCAGACGUCGAGAUUGCAGCCCACUGGUCCCUUUUCACAAGCAGCAUCUUUUGGGCUGGUCUCUACACUGCACAAUACGUAUUCAUAUAUGUGGUAGAGAUCGGGGGCGGGGGGGUGCGAAGUGUUGUUGUGAUGCACAGAAGCUGUUGGUAGUUUUAGGCUAGUCUGCUGUUGCAGGUUGAGUUCAUAUAUGUAUUGUGUAGUUUCUCUUUAUGUUUGUGUGCAUGAGUGUGAAUGCGUGUGGCUUCAUUUUUUGUAAGCACUGGAGAACUGAAACACAGUGAUGUUUGAGACAAAUUGAUACAUGUAGAGAAGAUGAUGUUUUGUAGCUUCUGUUGAAUAGUGGGUGCAGGCACAUUUUUACCCUCUCUGUCCACGUCCUGGUAAGAGAAACAGGAAAAUUAUUUUUUUUUUUUUAACCCUUCAAGUUCCAGCACACUUAAUGUUGCCAUUUAAAUGAACAGGGUAUUACACAAGAAGAAAAAAAGAGUUUUUGAAAUGGUGAGGUAGAAGUGUUUAAAAGGAAAAAAAAGUCUGAAGUAAUUUUUUGUUUCUUCGAAGCUGUUUGUAGCUAAACAUGGGAAUCUGCAGUGUCUCCUUCCAUUUGUUUUUGGUUUUUUUCUAAUUAUUCACCUCUUCGUCCCAUCCAAAACAUGAGGUGUACAAGAUCAAGAGCUGUCGCUGUAGCCCUUCAUAGUUCCCACGCUGAAAAAAAAACUUCAGUGGGAUCUCUCAGCUCUAUUCAGGAAGACAAAGAGAGGAGAGACUCUGCAGUUUUCUUUGCUUCGCUCUCAUUCCUCUCUAAUGGCCUUGAAAUGUAUUAUUAUGCAAAUGUGAAUUUUGAUACUGAACUUAAGAAGAGGUUGUUUGUUCUUUUUUCAAAAAAAAAAAAGGUCCCAUAUGUGGUCAGCAUUGCUUCUUUAUUUUGUAAGUGAAUUGUAAACUAUGCAUUCUGCAAAGGGGGUGUAGGGGACAAAGAUAGCUUUGCUAAACUGUUUAGGAGUUUCUGUGUCCAUGGUAUAUCCAUUAUAGUUUGGGGAAGUGGCCAAUAUGGAACUGGGCAGAGAUUGGAAAACUAAUGUUGACUGCAAAACAAAAUCAGCUGUAAACCUUGUGCAGGAUUGUGGAUUCUAGCUGUGCAGUGUUAACCCAGGGCCAAUAGGGUGAAUGGGACACCAGCUCUACCUGGGGAACUAUCUGCCACCUCCUGUCAUCUGGCCCUUGUCAAGCUCAGGAAUCACAGUGCUGUAGGCACUUUUUUGGAUUUACUACUCGUUUUCCAUUACAGCAGUCCUCGUGCUCUUCCAGGAGAAUUGGAACACAGCUGGUCCUUGAUGUCUACACUUUCUUCUCCCUGAAAUUGCUGCUGUUUCUGGCACGGCUCAUACAAUGGCAGCGCAGCAAUGGACGAGAUGGUAGAGGUGGUACUUACUUUCUAGUGCUGAUCAAAGCAUGACUUUGAGGACUGCUUUCUUUCAACAUCAGCAGCUACCAGUGCUUUGUUGUCUGGUAUUACUGCUGGUGGCUUAGCAUUAGUGUUGGCAGCGUGCGAAGUUUUAGGGAAUGUAGACCGACGUGUAGACAAUGCCAUUUAUUUCAAAGAGAUUAUCCUUUUUUAGUAUAAGGUGAUAAUCAUAAUGGUCAUAGAAAAGGAUGCACUUCCUCACAUCUCUGAAAUGCAGUCAUUGUGAAUUUUUUGUGUUCUUUGAAGCUUGCUGAGCUUCUAGGAGCAGUCUCCUCAAAAAAGUUGAGAUCUCGCUGCCCUCUUCAUCCUCUUAAUAGGGACCCUUUGACUUGACUUUUUCUUUUGUCCAUGGUAUACCAUGGUACCUGCAUUGUCCUUGGCAUUAUCUUAGAUGUAAUAUCAUAAACUGAGAGAUUAUCCUGCCUGUGUUCAGUGUUUUCAUGCAGCAGUUUUAUUUUUGUUGACGUUCACAGUACUGUAACAAGUAAUAGACUUGAUGAUCACUCUCGCAUCUGUGCCUGCCUUGCAGAUGUGAUCUUAUCAGGGUUCCACUUGUCAGAUUGCCUUUUUAAAAAAAGGAAAAAAAAAAUCUGAAGUUGAAACUCACAAAAAUACCUCGUGGUACACUUCCCCUUCUCAUGUAACCUUUUAAAUCUUACCUUUUCUUCUAAACUUAAUAGGCUUUUCUUUCCAUCUGUUUUCUGCUUUCUAAAAAGAUGUUUGGACUAGUGGUUUUGAGAACAGGACCAGAAGCCUGGAACUCCUGAAUUUUAACAUUGGCCCUUACUCUUCCUUUGCCUUGGGCAAGUCAUUUAACUUCUUUGCCUUUGUUUUUUCAUCUGUAAAGUGAGGGUGAUAAUAAUACUUACCUACCUCACAGGGGUUUUGUGAGGAUCAACUAGUAAACGUUUGUGAAGUGCUUUAAAGACAAAAAACAUGACAGAAGUAUUAUGAGGUUUUUACAGUAAGAUCGCUCGUUGUUUUUACGUUAUUUGGUUGCGUGGAGGAAAAUAACCUCUUGUUUUUAUGAUUAAAGCCAUCGGACACUCAGAUCCUAAAUAACAGAAGUUGAUGGAGAUUCAGUUACUCAUGCUCCUCUUCUGUCUUUAUGCCAGUUUCAUUCUCCUGCUCUUUGUUAUAUAGUUAUGCCAGUGUUGCUACAGGUUGCAUGUCUCUACUUGUACUUUUAAAAUAAGUUUCAGACUUGAUUGAAGUACUACUUAGAGUUUGCUGCUUCUGUCACCAGAUCACCAAAUUUGAAUCAGUUUGUGUAUUUUUUCCUGCCUUUAAAUAGCCUUUUGGGUAAUGUCAUCCUUCAAGUGGACACAUCUUUUCCUGCCAUUAGGAAGGGGAGGUGGUGGUGGGUAGUUCCAGAGAGGAGACUGUAAUAUGAAGAACCUUGCCACUUUAUGCUGCUGCUCCAGGGAUGAAGGGCAGAGUAACUUUCUGUUUCCUUCCCCGAAUUAAUUUCGGUGUGUUACUAGUGACACUUCAAAUGCAGUGUCGCUUCUUGUCCACAAUAUGCAGAAGCCAUCACCUGCCAAUGAAACGUAGGAACAGAGGGAAUGAUAGUAGAUGCUGCUCAUGUAUCUGCCUUAGGGCUCUCCCAGAAGGUCUCUGGGAGGGUGGUGGGGGAAGAGGUCUUUGGUGGGUAAAUCCCACAGCCGUCAGGGAACCUCUGCUACUUUCUCCCCUCUCCGAUCCCGUGGUCGCUGUUGCUUCUUUCUUGGAUGUGCGUCUCAGGGAUGUGCAUAUGAGCCCAUGCCUUUUGGAAUUUGGCCUUUUGAAAUACCAAGAAUAUGGUUUCUGUACCUGAAACCUUCCUAUCUGACACUCCCUGGCCCUCUCUGUCCUGCAUUGCUCCCCGUGGCCUUAGGAACAUCUCUCCACUGUUGCCCUGUGCCACCCGCUCCAUCUCUGCCAGUUCUCCGGGUGAAACGGCUGCAGUGAUUCUGCAGAGAAAGAAGCCGAAAUGAUGCAUGUGCACCUGUAGGAUUUACACACAUGCGUGUCUUGGUUUUCUGCCACGCCCUGUCGAAAACAUGCAGAAUAUCUGAUGCACGAUGCUUUUUUAUUUCUCAUCUGGAAAGCAGAACAAACCAGCAGUAUGACUCUGCUGAUGUAAUUCUGUAAUGUUUACUUUUAAUUAAAACCUGAGGAUCUUCCCCAAAGAACCAAAAAACCCCAUCUUCUAACAAAAGUAACCAGUUGUCAUCUUUCUGGGGGCGAGGGGGAGGGAAGUGGAGGAGGAAAAGCAGUGAUGGGGGGAGUGUCCUGAUCUAUUUUCAUCUCCACCACUUGGCUUGGAGAUCUGAAAUGCUGCUUUGAGUUCCACAUACAUAAGGGAUCAUGUUUACAAAGGUAAAUGCCUUCUACCUGUUCAGGAAACUGGCUAAUGGUGGACAUCAGGUGUUGGGCAAGUUUCUCUUCAUUGCAGACCGGUGAUGGGAGGAAGGGUGUGUCCAGAAGAGGAACGGAGACAUACGUUCAUUUCAUCUUAUCUUCACGAUAAAAUAAUGCCACUUUCCUCUCUCCCGGCAACAGGGAGGGAGGAGGUUGCAGGACAGAACAUCAGCGAUGUCCAGAAUGGCUGGAUCAGAAAAGGCAGCUUCUCUACUUUGCACAUAACUAGGUAAUGGGAAGGUACUGCUCGAGUCCUCUUGUCUGAAACACUGUCCCCCAGAAGCAAACAUGGUAAUAAUAACAGUAGUGGCUGCGUGUGUAUCGAUGCUACUUGCAAGUUACCUUUAAGUGUUUUUUUUUUUCUUAUACUUGAAACGGCUUACUUUGCUGAACUCUUACCAUAGCUCAAGCUUCUGCCCUCCUCCUCUAGCGUGCGGUAGAGAGGUACGGGACGGGCGGGGAGAAGGUGGAGGAAGGAGAUGAGGCGACGUCUCGCGCAUCCCGGGUGCACCGCGGUUCCCAUCCCGCGCCUGCUUCAACUUCCUAAGGGUUUUCCAUGGACACAGAAACUCGGCACUUUAGAAGGUGCUCUCGUAUGGCUGGCUGCCCCCCUCCUCCUCCUUUUCUAUAUUUUUAUUUUACUUUUAGUAUAGUGGUACUUAAAAUCACUGGUUCACUUAAAAAGAAAAAAGAAAAAGACAAAAAAAAGGAAAAAUGUUUAAACUCUACUAAUGUACAAAUAAGCUGAAAUGUUGCAUUUUAUGUGUAUUUUUGCCAUAGCAGGUACUGUAUUUCUCAUGCUGGAUUUAGAAAAAAAAAAAAAAAAAAAAAAAAAAAAAGAAAAGAAAAAAAAAGAAAAAAAAGGGUGAUGUUUUAUUGGAGUGUGAAAAGAGUAAUAAGGAAUUAAGUCUUCGUCAUUUCAUUGAAACUGAGAGAUGGUGUAAUACUUAUAUAAGUUUUCUGAAGGUUUUUUUUGGGCUCUUAAACAGCUUUUUUUGUUUUUAUUUUAUUUUUAUUUUUUGAAAGAUAUGAUUGUAUUAUGUGCAACUCAGUUGCUUACGUUAUAACUACAAAAUAUUUUUGGGUUCCUGGAAAAAAAAAAAAAAAGAAAAAGACUAAUAAAUGUGUUUGGCUGCUAAGCAUUUAA